AUGGAUUAACUAGAGCAGUAGCCCAUCGAAGAUAAUAGAUAAGACUUUGAGAUCUAAGUUGAUGAUAAUGAAAUUUAUCAACUUCAAAAACUCUAGAGACAUUAAGAGAGGCAUCCAACAUAGGAAGAGUACUUUAAUGAGGAAAUAUCUGAUUUUACUGAUGAACUUGAAAAGGCAUCACAUUUUGCAAUGCAAGAAGAAAUGGAAGGUGCUAUUGCGUCUAAGGAUGCUCACAUGCAGACCAAUGUAAAGUAUCUAAACUUCGAUUGGUUCUCAAUGCAAAACAAAGUCCGAACAAUGGUGCUUAGUCUCAUGAAUCCUUUCCUUAGAAGAGCUGAAGAGGACAGAGCUACAGUUGCAGGAGUUAAAUAGAUCAACGAUGGUUUAAAGAAAAAGGUGGAUGAAUUGCUAUUUAUCUCAGCCAAAAUGACUACUAGAGGCGGGUAGAUUGAGGAAAUAGCAAGCAGAAUGAACCAAGUUGAGGCAGAUAAGAAAGUCUAUGAAGCAAGAGUCGGAUAAGAGUUAAAAGCUAUGAGCAGUAAUAUCCAAAUGUGCAAUGAAAAGAUAAGUGUGGUCACAAAUCUAUCAAACGGAUUUAAGAAGUAAGGUGAAAUCCUAAGAAUGGAAGUAUCCAGUUUCUAUGAGGAAAUUAAUAAGGUAAAGGCUAAUUUUUCAAAGGAGCUUCAAGCUUUUACUAAAGAACUGAGAAUCAUAGAUCAUACUUACGAUUAAAAAGUCAAACAUCUGCAAGAGUAAUUUUAACUUGUUAAAGGCUACACAACUACUCAUGAAGAUGUAAUUAAAAAGACUGAUACUAUUGUUGAGACCUAUAAGAAGCAACUUGAAGAGCUAUAUGAAGGUCUUAAUAUAGCCUUGACUACGAAACUAGAUUCCAGCAUAUUCAAAGGUGAAUUGGAUAAGAUUUCUAAGGAUGUUUACUUUGUCAAGGUCAUAGCUUAGGAUGUAGACAAUACUAUUAAUCACAUAGAACAUUAUCUAGACAAGUAUCAGCAAGUUAAAACUCAGAAUCAGAUUACAGAGGCUAUGGUUAAUGUUUUACCUAGAAAGAUGAUUAAGAGACUCAAGAAGUACACAUCUUAAAGAUACAGUCUCUUUUUAGAUGAUAUUAAGAGUAAUGAUUUAAAUAUGAAAUCUACUCUGAAUAAGGCUACAUUUCAUAUACCCUAGAUAAGAGAUGUCCUAGUAAAUAAAGCUGAAGGAAAUCUAGUUAUUGAAGAGGAUCCCUCAGAUCUUUUCAGAAGGACUGUAAUGAAUUAAACUCAGAACAGUCUACAAAUUUCAACUGACAAUAACAGAAAUCAACUUAGCAAAAGGUAUAUCAUUACUUAUCCAGAUCUUUCAAAACAUGAUUAAGAAAAAUGUACUGUAAACAUUAGGCCACAAGAAGAGUCAUCAUCUUGUGAAAGAGAUUAAAGGUUUGGGGAAACCUUCAAGUCGAUGAGAUCUAUGAGAAGUUCCAAAAGCAAAUGGAUCAAGCGUGAAUCAGGUGCUUCAGGUCUAAACUCACCAAUGAAGUUUAGAAUGAAAAAAGCUUUGAAAAUUCAUAAUCUUCCUAGAAGAAACCCUGACAUAUCAGUUAAUGAGUUAGAAAAUAGUGUUGAGAAGAGAAGGCUUGACCACAAUGAUCAUAGUCAUUCUAGAUUAAAUGCAAGCAAGAAGCACAGUAAUAAUGAUCAUAGGAAAUCGAUACAAGUAAGAGCUUCAAAUGUGCAUAAUUAAUUUGCCAAAGAUAAAGUACUUGAAAGCUUUAAGCAUGAAUAGCAUUUAGACUUAACAGAUAGUGAUAAUUUCGAUGUUAUCAGUGAGAGAAAGAUCGAGCUGGAAGAUCUCAAUGAUGAGUUGCUCCUAAAGAUUAAAGGAAAUGAUGAAGUUUUAGAUAAGAUAAGAGAAGAGCAAGCAGAGUUUAAGACAUUGAUAGAGAUGCGAAUUGAGAUUCUAAGAUCAGAGACCAGAGCCCAUGUUGAAAAUCAGCUUUACAACAAGCAAAUAGAGAUUGAAAAUAAGUUGAAAGCUAAAGAAGAAGAUUUAAUAAGACUAAUCUAAGUUUAAGAAGGGUUGCUGGAGAAUGAGAAAGUCAGAAGGGCUAGAGAGAAAUCUGAUACAACUAUAGAGAUUAAAAAAGCUAUUUAAUCAGGAAAGAAGGCUUCAAAGCUCUGCGAAAAUGUGCAGACAGGUCUUGAUAAUUUGGCUGAAAUGAUCAAGACUAUUAUUGAAACAACCUAAAUAUCCCAAGCCUUAGAAAUUCAAGAUGAAGUAGAUAGAAAAUCAAUAGCUCUCAUGGGAUACUAGCUUGAUAAUAACAAUCAAUUCUUUUCCCACCCUCUUAACUAGGAGAAGAAUACAAAGCAGGAUAGGAAAAAUAGUUUUUUCAAUGAUUCCAGUCUCAUAACUGGUGGAAAUGGAAACAACGAUUCAAGCAUGCUAAUUGAUCCAUUGAUCAAUCAGAUCAACAACCAUUAGCAAACAGUUAACAGAACUCUCAAUAUUUCUAAGUCUCUGUAAAAUCUCACAACUUUGAAGCCAAAAUAACCCCUACUGAGAAAUAUAAUGGAAAAUAAAUCCUCUAACAAUGUAGUCUCAAUUAAUAAGGACUGCAUAAGCUGUAGCAAUUAAACUGCUAUUGUGAUAAAAGGAUUCAAAAUGGCAUGCUUAAGUUAUUAGUCAUCUCCACUUACAUUCAAGGGUCAAACUUAUGAUAGAUAAGGCUUAAUCAGUAUUAAAGGACAAAUUCUGAACAGAACAUGGAAUAGACUAAAAUAAAAGGUGCCUUGGUGUAUGGAAACAAAUAACACUAGAGACACUGAGACUGAUACAACUGAUAUGGAUCACUAGAAUUUUGUGAAUAAUACUUUGCUAGACAGAAGAUACUUCGAUGAUCAGCCUUCUCUUAAUCUAUUUGACAAUGAGAUAAUCAAAGGCAUAAAAAACAAUGAAACUAUACUCUAGUAGGAUCCCUUGCUAAAGUUAGAUGACAUCAAAAUAGGAAUGGAAAAUUCAAAUAAAAAGCAGUCACUUAUCCUGCCAAAGAUAGAAGCCAGAAAUCUCCUCAUAAAUUCAAGUACUUCAGUUAUUCAACUGCAGAAGGAUUUUGAGCAAAGACAAAAACUAGUAAUAGAAAACUAUCAGACCCUUGGUGGUAACUUGAAGGAUAAGAAACUUAGCUCAAAGACUAUAAUUAAAACAGUAAGAGCUGACCCUGAUCAAAUGAAGAACUAAAAGGAAGAAUAUAAAUUAGCAGCUGGAUUCAUGACCUCCAGAUCCAUGUCAAAGCACACCCCUAUGGGAAGAUUAUCAGCCUUCCACUAGAGCUAAUCAGAUAUGCUUUCAUCAGGACAUAUCGGAAGUGCUUUGAUGGCGACAAGAUCUAUUACAAAUUUGGAUAGAACUGAAAAUGACCAAGAACCCUAGAGUCCUUAGAGUGAUAUCGAUAACAAUUUAAAUGAGACUAAAGAAGACAAAAUAGGAAACUAGUACUUAAAGAGAAUCAUUUAAUUCUCCAAGUAAAACGAUAGUUCCUCAAAAAUGCUUAAGAAACUUUGGAAAUGA